UCGAGCGGAAGUGACGUCACGGGAGCGUGUGACCAAUCGCGUUGGCUUAGCGAGCCGGGCGGGCGGUCGGUUGGCUCAGCAUGUCAGUGAGCAGGAGGAUGCCGCGCUGGCCGGCCGGUCAUUGAGGGCCAUGUCUGUGCUGUACGCGCUGGCCUGGCGCCUCCUGCAGGCGGUGCUCUAUACCCACCGCGCCCUGCUGCUCGUCCUGCUCCGCUGCUGGAACUGGAGGCUGUGGCGGGCGGCUGCCGCACUCCUCGUACCGGCCGACCUCGCUCUCUGGUACCGGCGGGGAGGGCGGCGAGACUGCGUCCGACAAUGCGACCAUCCCCGGCACUGCCGCUGCACGGAGCCGGGCCAGCCGUGCGAGUGCCAGUACCUGCAGUGCGAGCGGCCAUUCGCCGAGCGCGGGGGGAGCGACGUGUCCGGCCUGGCCAAGCUCCCCGUGCACAUGGCGCUGCUCAUCAGCGAGGAACACGAGAGCUACACGGACGUGGCCAACCUGGUGGUGUGGUGCAUGGCGGUGGGCAUCUCCUAUGUCAGUGUGUACGAUCACCAAGGCAUCUUCAAACAAAAUAGUUCCAGGCUGAUGGAUGAAGUAUUAAAACAGCAGAAAAAACUCUUGGACCAUGAGUAUUGCAAGUACCCACUAGAGUAUGCAAAUGGAAGCAUAGACAAAACUGGUAAAGCAUUUAGCAACUUGCCUAUUCUGAAGAUGUUAUCCGCAGACGAUGGGAAGGCUGCGAUUGGAGAAGCUGCCCAAAGAUUCUGCCAAUUAGUAGCAGAAGAGAAGAGGAAACCUUCUGAUAUGGAUGUGCAUGUCUUAGACCGUUUACUAAGAAAUACACAUAAAUUCCCUGACCCGGAUCUUAUAUUAAAAUUUGGCAAUGUAGCCAGUACCUUAGGAUUUCUGCCUUGGCACAUCAGACUUUCAGAAAUCAUUUGUAUACCGACACAUGUGAAUAUCUGCUAUGAAGACUUUUAUUCUGCUCUCCGUUGCUACGCAGGUUGUGAGCAGCGGCUUGGGAAAUAACCUUGUUCUCUGAGAUGGUUAAAUGCUUCCUUCAAAAGGGAUUCUGUACAUCUGUUUACAAUGAAUCUGUGUCCAGCCUAGCUGGUUCUCGGCUUCUACCCUAGCUUUGGAUUUCUCAUUAUUAUCCAAAAUUCUCAUCAACCUUAAAUCAUCUGAAGUGUGUCAGCCAUCAGUUUGGAAAAUCACCAAUUUGCUUGACAGAGAUUGAUUGUUUGGAUACAAGUUCAGCCUUUGAGUUACAGCACUUGCUUUAGUAAACCAAAUUAUAUAAUUUAUAUGAAGAGCAUCUCUACUUACCAACAUUCCAUAUUGAAUCAUUUCAGAGCCUACAUGAGUACAGCUACAGUCUGUAUAAUGUAACAACAUACAUCCAACUACCUUCUGAUCAAGAAGAAAAGUCCUCAGGUCAUCAGUCCGUCCUGUUUUCAUCCUUGAUUUGGACAUUUAUGUUGGCUGACCAAAGCUUUGGGAUCAUUAUUGUAAUAAAUAUAUACAUUUGAUAUAUGGAAUGUAGAGAGCAGGGCAGGGUCCACCGCA